UGCCGCAUUUACUGGCUUCAUAAUCGAAUCCAUUCCUCAAUAUAACAUAUGACCAUGAUAAUCAUAUGAGUUACUAUAUACGAACGAAGCCUUACAAUAUGGCUGCUAGGGAUUAUGCCCAGUCAUACAUUCCACGUAAAUGAGUAAGAACAGCGUUGGUGCAGCAGGACCCAUGCAGUCGAACAAGUGACGAAACGUUCACUCGCACACGGGCGUCGAUCGUGGGAAUUCUUUCUGAAAAUCUGUAUCUCCGGAAUAAUUUCACUUUGUACAUGUUCCCAGAAUGCUCCCGCAAAUUCCGGCAUUGGCGAGUAGUUGCGGCCUGUGGCUGUUAAUAUCAGUGAAGAUGAUAUUAGAAGGAGCAUGGUGCGGAGGAUGUUAUCCGCGGUUGACGCCCUUGGAACAGUCCCUUCGCCAAGCUGAACAGGAAGCCCGGGAUGGACGAAUGUUAUUACCGAUGCUGGACCGGUUUUUACCCGCAGUAGAGCACGAGGUCGUGCGCGUGCCCAUCGGAACCACCGCGGCGUUUUCCUGUACGCCAAUGGCGACGGGAAUGCCUGAUUCCCUGCAACUGGUGUGGCGACAUAACCUCCUGACGAUCCCCGCCAACACCACUCCGCCGACGACGUCCGAGGCGUAUUUUUACACCCUCGCUACACACCAAAAUGCCAGCCAUUUCUUUAUCCAUAACAUGACCUUUUAUGCCAACGGCGACGUCCAGUGCCUGCAGUAUAUUAAUGGUAGCGACGGAUUACGCGUGAUUAAACACUGGGAGCUGGUGGGGAAAUUCCACUCGGCUAAGCAAGUGUUUGCCGGUGAGAUGACAACAGUUCGAACACGCGCCACCGAAAUCUUCACGUCUUCGACAAUUGCUUUCACAUGCAAGACCACAUUUAAUUGCAUAUGCGGUAGACACCCGCCUAAAUUUAUCUGGAAACUGGAUGAUAAAUUUGUCGUGGUCUCCAAAGAACCACCCGGGCUGCAAGAGUUCUUGAUGGAAGCGUUUGACUCCAAAACCAUUGACCUUUUGAAUCCGCUGGGUGUGACGUUCAAGAAUAUUUCAUGGGGGUGCCGGGAUGUCGACCAUCCGCAUCAAGGACCCUGCCAGAUGACCAUGCGCGCCCACGAGUGUAUGUCACUCCGCGAUGAACCGUUAGUCGUCCAGUGCUGGGUGCAGCCCGACCGUACCCGCAAUGAAUGGUUCGUCCAGAAGGCCACUUUUAAUAACCUAGGCGAAAAAAUUUAGUUUAGCGAUGUCAUAUCGAUUAUAUAAAUUUUACGGUUUAUGACCAAGCCGCAGCUGUGACCUUUAACAGUCAUUCUACGAUCAUGGUUUUGGUGAGCCAGAGCCGCUUUAGUGUUUGUCUACUGAGUAGACUUUUUUAGGCUUCUUUGACUUGUCAGCAAGCAUUAUUAAUAAAC